GUAAAUCUGCGCGGUUUCGUCGGUUUGGGGAAUUUUGGGGUGGAUACGGUUUAUGCCAAAAUCUGAGCACUGCAGCAGUGCCAGCUUUUAUCGUUAUAAAACGUGCUGACGCCAACUCGCUCGAUCGUUAGGUGGGGGGAUUUCGACAUAUUGUCUUGUGAUAUUCUCUCUCCAAAAAGCAAAUGGAGAAUUAAGGAUCCCAAAAUAGAUUGACUUUCUUCUCGGGGAUUGCCUUUGUCUUGCUUUGUUCUGCUCUGAAUCAGCUGCAGGGCUGUUGGUGCAGUGUAUCUCUUUGUUAGAAAUCACCACCAGAUUUCGUUAAGGGUAUAAAAUAACUAGCAGCUCUACUUCUUUUGAGGGGCUAACGUUUAAUAAUAAAUUAAGUGGAUCUGGGAUGCCUUUGCACCGGGGGUAUUUUUGCUGUGUAAUUAAUGAUGUCAUUGUCUUAAUAAAAUGUCUUUAUAUUCGGGAGCGCUACCUUAAAUGAUGAAAUGUGAUGUAAGAGCAUGGCUAUGUGAAGUGCUGAGCAUUCCGCUGUCGCUAGUAGGAGUGAAUUGGCAUAAAAUGUCGUCUUUGCUAGAUCGAAUCUGCUAUAAAUGCAAACGCAAUUAAAAAUGUAUGGCGCUGCAUGUCAAACAUUAAUCUUCCGUUUCAGGUAUUCUUAAUAUUCUGCAGCAUUACCUCACUUCCAGCUCGCGAAACGAUAUAAAAUUGUUAAUUUUCUGCCAGAAUUCCAAUGUUAAGUGUUGAAGGAGCGUUCCUUAGAGCUGCGGUUGCCCGAAUCGGUGUUUCUAGGUGUCACAUGGAACAUAAAGCAGAUGGCGAUGACGCUGGAGGUGAUCUGCCCGGCGAGGAUGCGGCCCGAAGCCAUGGCCGACACCGGGAUGAGUCUGGGCUUGGAGCAGUGCUGAGAGGGCUUGGGGAGAGGAUUGUAGUGGAGCUCCAUCCCCAUUCCACUCCUAGCAGCUCUCUGGCCAUCCACCUCCAUUUCUGCCAGCUGCAGUGGACAAGAACCUUGCCAACCGCCCCGGGCCUGCGUUAAACUCGUUUAGGGAGAGAGGCAGGUGUGGCUGAGCUUGGAAAAAACCAGGAGCGGGGCUGAGGACUAUGAUGCCAGCCAGCUCCCGGUCUGCUUCCUGCUCCAGCCACCCUCUUCCAGCCGCAUCCCCUCCCCGGCUUCCUCCCGCUCCUGCCUGCGCCUCCCCCAGCAACAUCGGGGCCGGUUUUGAAAAGGCCAGGAGGGAGGAAGCCGUAGGAGGGGAUAUGAAGCGCUUUAGUGGGAAAACGUGGAGAUUUUUAUUUAUUUAUUUAUUUAUUUUAAACAAUGGCUAAGUCGAAACAAAUGUGUGCGUUUGAAUGUUGAAAUCCAAUACUUUCAUUAAGUGAACCUUCCAGCAAGAACAGAAAUAACUCCAGCAAAGAUGGGAUUGCGUGAUAACGGGUUUGAAUUUGUACUAUAUCUUUCUGGAACAUUUUUUUAAGAGGAGUGAAACUAGUCUGUAAUCAAUUCUAUAAGAGCUAUAAUGUAAAUUUUAGUAAAAUUGCUUGUUGUACCAAUUCCAGAUGCUUGUUUUUAACUUGGUAGUUUCUUAAAAAAAAAAAAAACACAAACAAUUUCUCUCCAUUAGCACCUGUGCUAGAGUUUGACUAUCUCAUCUGUGGAGACUGUGGCAAAGAAUUCAUGGACUCCUACCUUAUGCAGCACUUUGAUUGGGCAACAUGUGAUAAUUGCAGAGAUGUUGAAGAUAAACAUAAGCUUAUAACAAGGACAGAAGCAAAAGAAGAGUAUCUUCUUAAAGACUGUGACUUAGACAAGAGGGAACCAGUGCUCAGAUUCAUUGUGAAGAAAAACCCUCAUAAUUCACGAUGGGGUGACAUGAAACUUUAUUUAAAACUGCAGGUGAUCCAGCGUUCUCUUGAAGUCUGGGGUAGUGAAGAAUCCUUGCAAGAAGCAAAGGAACUCCGCCGUGAGACCAGAGAGAAGAUGAAACAGAAGAAGUUUGAUAAGAAAGUUAAAGAACUCCGCCGUGCCGUGAGAAGUAGCUUGUGGAAGAAGGACGCUAGUAUCCAUGAACAUGAGUAUGGACCAGAAGAAAACAUUGAUGAAGAUACAUUUAAAAAGACGUGUACUGUCUGUGGCCAUGAAUUAACUUAUGAGAAGAUGUAGCGUUAAUCUGCUUUGGGUUUUGUUUUCCUUAAUUGCGUUGUAUUUUUAAUUAUAUUUUGUAUUUAAAGUCAAAUAAAUGGUAAUUAUGAAGCA